UGGGGGGAAGUGUCUACUGUCCCAAGGCCAAGAACACGGUGAGCCAGUCUAAUCCGCAUCUGUAGAAUUGGCGCCCUUGCUCGUUGGGGAAAUGGCGAUGACACUGUUGGAAGACUGGUGCAGGGGGAUGGAUGUGAACGCCCAGAGGGCUCUACUGGUGUGGGGGAUCCCGGUGAACUGUGAUGAGGCAGAAAUUGAAGAGACCCUCCAGGCUGCGAUGCCCCAGGUCCCCUAUCGAGUACUUGGGAGAAUGUUCUGGAGGGAAGAGAAUGCCAAAGCAGCCUUGUUAGAGCUCACUGGCGCUGUCGAUUACUCCGCGAUCCCCAGGGAGAUGCCAGGCAAAGGAGGGGUCUGGAAGGUGAUCUUUAAGCCCCCCACUUCCGAUGCUGAGUUUUUAGAAAGGUUGCACCUGUUUCUAGCUAGAGAAGGGUGGACCGUGCAAGAUGUUGCCCGUGUCCUUGGGUUUCAAAACCCUGCUCCAGUCCCAGGCCCAGAAAUGCCAGCAGAGAUGCUCAACUAUAUUUUGGAUAAUGUCAUUCAGCCCCUUGUUGAAUCUAUAUGGUACAAGAAACUGACGCUGUUCUCUGGGCGGGACAUCCCGGGGCCUGGGGAGGAGACCUUUGAUCCCUGGCUGGAGCACACUAAUGAAGUCAUAGAGGAGUGGCAGGUGUCUGAUGUAGAAAAGAGAAGGCGUUUGAUGGAGAGUCUGAGAGGCCCUGCCGCUGAUGUCAUCCGCAUCCUCAAGACCAACAACCCUGCCAUAACCACCGCUGAAUGCCUGAAGGCUCUGGAGCAGGUGUUUGGGAGCGUUGAGAGUUCCAGGGAUGCGCAGGUCAGGUUUCUGAACACAUACCAGAACCCGGGAGAAAAGUUAUCAGCUUACGUCAUUCGUCUGGAGCCUCUGCUGCAAAAGGUGGUGGAGAAGGGGGCCAUUGAUAAAGAUAACGUGAACCAGGCCCGCCUGGAGCAGGUCAUUGCGGGAGCCAACCAUAGUGGGGCCAUCCGAAGGCAGCUGUGGCUGACCGGGGCUGCAGAAGGGCCGGCCCCUAACCUCUUCCAGUUGCUAGUGCAGAUCCGUGAGGAGGAGGCCAAAGAGGAGGAGGAGGAGGCUGAGGCCGCCCUCCUGCAGUUAGGCCUGGAGGGUCACUUCUGAGUCCCCGGAGAGGAGGCUUUUGUGCAGACCUAGAUGAGAGCUGCUUUCCGUGUCCUUGUGCCGUCAUACAGGCCUGCCUCGAGAAGUAAAGACCUAGCCCUGUUCUGUUUUUUGUUGCUUUUUUUGUGGUGGGGGGGGGCGGGGCAGGGGAGUCAGGCCUGUAUAUUCCUGUAACAUUUGUAAAAUUGUUCAAGCGGAGCACCAUGAAUUGUUGCAAAAAAUACAAGUGGGUCAUGCUGGCUUAAAUGCCAGGGAAAGACUUGGACACAAGUGCUUGGUGCAAGCUGUCAUCAAGGCAUCCUCAGUUGUGAAAACCAUGAACCUGGGACACUUACCAUCAAGAUAUCUUAAUUAAAUGUGACAUUGCAUGUUCAGAUGUUUAGUACAGAGCCUGGCUUGCAGGAAGUGUCCAGUAAUAAUGUGAACUGUUAACAUUUGUUACUAAUACCGUGAAUAGUUUGUUUACUGUCAGCUGUUCCUGAUUUAUAUUAAUUGGAAAAAAUGUGCACUUAUUAGAUGAUUUUACUCAGUUUUACAAUGCAGAUUUCUUUCUCAUCUUUCAACAUCUGGAUCCGUCUAACUGAAUUCUUUGACUACA